GUCUUUAAGCGCUCUCCUCCCUUCAGCUGUUUCCUUUCAGCUCUCUCUCUUUUUCUUUCUCCCGGGCGGCGGUGCGCACCGGCAGGGCUGGACUAUCCGUCAACUCUUUGGGACUUUAGAUAGUGACCGUGACUUCGGGUGAUCACACCAUGGGGAUUAAGUUUUUGGAGGUUAUAAAACCGUUUUGUGCUGUUUUGCCGGAAAUUCAGAAACCAGAACGAAAGAUCCAGUUUAGAGAAAAGGUGCUAUGGACAGCCAUCACAUUGUUCAUCUUUCUUGUUUGCUGCCAGAUCCCUCUGUUUGGGAUCAUGUCUUCAGACUCCGCAGAUCCAUUCUACUGGAUGAGAGUAAUCCUGGCCUCCAACAGAGGUACUCUGAUGGAGUUGGGUAUCUCUCCCAUUGUGACCUCUGGUCUAAUCAUGCAGCUGCUGGCUGGAGCUAAAAUCAUUGAGGUCGGAGACACACCUAAAGACAGAGCGCUCUUCAAUGGAGCUCAGAAACUAUUUGGUAUGAUCAUCACCAUUGGCCAGGCUAUUGUGUAUGUCAUGACUGGAAUGUAUGGAGACCCUUCAGAGAUGGGUGCUGGCAUCUGUCUGCUAAUCAUCAUUCAGUUGUUUGUGGCAGGUCUGAUUGUGUUGCUGCUGGAUGAGUUGUUGCAGAAGGGUUACGGGUUGGGCUCUGGUAUCUCACUUUUCAUCGCCACCAACAUCUGUGAGACCAUCGUAUGGAAGGCAUUCAGCCCAACCACAGUCAACACAGGCAGAGGUACUGAGUUUGAAGGAGCCAUCAUUGCUUUGUUCCACCUGCUGGCCACUCGUACUGAUAAAGUGCGAGCUCUGAGAGAGGCCUUCUACAGGCAGAACCUACCCAACCUCAUGAACCUCAUUUCUACAGUCUUUGUCUUUGCUGUGGUCAUAUACUUCCAGGGCUUCAGAGUUGACCUGCCUAUCAAGUCUGCACGUUAUCGUGGCCAGUACAACACGUAUCCAAUCAAGCUGUUCUACACCUCCAACAUUCCCAUCAUCCUGCAGUCUGCUCUGGUGUCUAACCUGUACGUCAUCUCUCAAAUGCUCUCCACCCGCUUCAGUGGAAACUUCCUUGUCAACCUUCUGGGGACUUGGUCUGACACCUCAUCUGGUGGUCCAGCCCGUGCCUACCCUGUAGGUGGUCUGUGUUAUUAUCUGUCCCCUCCGGAGUCAUUUGGUUCAGUGCUUGACAACCCAGUCCAUGCAGUUAUCUAUAUUGCCUUCAUGCUGGGAUCCUGUGCCUUCUUUUCCAAGACCUGGAUCGAAGUUUCUGGAUCAUCUGCCAAAGAUGUGGCAAAGCAGCUGAAAGAGCAACAGAUGGUGAUGAGGGGACACAGAGAGACCUCCAUGGUUCAUGAACUCAACAGGUACAUCCCCACAGCGGCUGCAUUUGGUGGGCUGUGUAUUGGGGGCCUUUCAGUCAUGGCUGACUUCCUGGGUGCUAUCGGCUCAGGAACAGGGAUUCUAUUGGCAGUUACCAUCAUCUACCAGUACUUUGAGAUAUUUGUGAAGGAACAGAGUGAAGUCGGCAGCAUGGGAGCGCUACUCUUCUAAAAAUGGACACUCGCAAAUCCUACACGCAUGCUUUCUGACACCUUAUAAAACACUUUUAUUAUUUUUAUGGUUGUUAUUGUUGUUUUAUUUUUUAUUUAGGUGCAGUUUAAGCAUUCAAAAUGGUCUGUCACCAGUGCUGUCUGGGGAGAAUGUGUUGUCAGUUGCUAGUUUAGGCAAAGUAUAUUCUCCCAUUCAUCAGAAGUGGCAAAACGUUACUUAAAUUCAGUGAUUAAGCUGAACUUCAGUGAUGGGACAGUAAAGAUAGACUCCGUGAGCUCUAAGAAUAUUGAGGAACUUUCCCUUCCUGGUCUGUCCUUCCUCUGUCUCCAUGUGUUACUGAAUUCCCUCAUUUUCCCUUUUCUUUCUAGUAGAAGCCUGCUAAAAGGUUUUCAGAAAGUAUUGCUAAUGUUGGGUGAUUGAUUACUCAACACUGCCAAUUCUGUCUGGCUGAUCAGUCAUAUCAGUCUUGUAUCUGUGGCUGACAGACAGCUUUUUCAUCCAUAAUGGCUGGUGGCUAGUGCAAGGCUCCUUCUUACUCCUGCUAAUUACAUAUUUAAUCACAAAAAUCGUGUUUUAGUUAUGGCUGAAGACCUGUGGACCAAACAGAAAUGCUUGGUUACAAGUCAGCAGCAGAAUAGUGUCAGUUCUAAACAAAACAAGAUUACAAUAGAGGAAAUGCCAUGCUCAGUGUGGCAGCAUUCCCUUAUUGGUGUUUUUCUUUUUUUUUUUUUUUCUUUUUUUUUCUCUUCUCUCUCUCUCUUUGUGAUGUGUACAUGCUGGAAUCCUUUUGUACAAAAUAGGUCUUACACUGUAGGCAGCAAGGAUUUUCUUUAUUUGAAAGUGCUUUGUGUUUAGGAAAAGCUUUUCUGACAGAAAUAUUUGAAUUGGUUACACCGACAGUCCAUUUACUUCUCAUCUUUAAGCCCUUAUUACUGUGUGAUUGGGUGUCUGUAGAUAUGACAUUUAAUUCAGUGCAACCAUGUAAAAAAAAAAAAUUAUUUUCUUUUUUUGGACUAUGUAAAAAGAAAUGUUACGAACAAAGAUUCAGCAAAGAUGGAUUAUUCUCAAUAAAAAGAUUUUUGAGUGAAAA